GGUACGGUCCGUGUUUAAAGGGUCUCAGGAGGGCUGGAGGAGCUCAGUGUGAGCAGGAGGAGGAGGGAGAGCGGGCUGAGAGCUGAGUGUCCGUCGGGCUGAGUGGAGGAAGCAGCCCCCCAGCAAGGUCCAUUGAACAUACUGCUAGAUGUGGGGAGACGAGAAUCAGCUUUGGAUCUCUUUAUAUUUUUCACCCCUUGGUGCCACAAGUUGACUGUUGUCAUCGGACAAGCAAUGGGACCUGUUCGGAGUUUAUUCCCGUCAUUCAUUUUCCUCUUGUGCUGCUCAUUCGGAGAGGGGUCAAGCUCCUCCUUUCCCAGUUUCAUUGUGUCAGAUACAUCUCUUACUCACCUAGCCGUGCACAGGGACACUGGAGAUGUCUACGUUGGGGCAGUAAAUAGAGUAUACCGGCUUUCAGACAAUUUGACAGAACUCCGUUCACAUUUGACUGGCCCUAUUGAAGAUAACACCCGCUGCUACCCCCCACCAAGUGUUCGUGCCUGUGCCCACAAGCUUUCUUUGUCUGACAAUGUAAACAGACUUCUUCUUAUUGACUACACAGGGCAACGUGUGGUUGCUUGUGGAAGUGUAUGGCAAGGAAUUUGCCAGUUCCUUCGACUCGAUGAUCUCUUCAAAUUGGGUGAGCCUCAUCAUCGCAAGGAGCACUACCUGUCAGGAGCCCGUGAGCCUGACUCCAUGGCUGGCGUUAUUGUCGAGCAAGAUCACGAGCAGAGUAAACUUUUCAUUGGCACAUCCAUUGAUGGCAAGUCUGAGUAUUUCCCCACUUUAUCUAGUCGCAAGCUUGUAAGAGAUGUGGAGAACUCAGAGAUGUUUCGUUUAGUGUACCAAGAUGAAUUUGUUUCCUCCCAGAUCAAAGUCCCCUCUGACACACUUUCCCUUCACCCCUCUUUUGAUAUUUAUUAUGUGUAUGGCUUUGUUAGUGGUGGAUUUGUCUACUUCCUGACGCUUCAGCUGGACACUCAGCAGACAUUACUGGAUGCAACUGGUGAGAAGUUCUUCACGUCAAAGAUUGUGCGCAUGUGUUCGGGAGACCCGGAGUUUUACUCGUAUGUAGAGUUCCCUAUUGGCUGCAUGAAGGAUGGGGUGGAAUAUAGACUCAUCCAGAGUGCGUACCUCAGCCGACCGGGGCGAAAGCUGGCCCUGGAACUGGAGAUAGCGGAGGAUGAGGAAGUGCUGUACACAGUGUUCUCACAGGGGCAGAAAAACCGGUCAAAUCCUCCCCGGGAGUCUGUGCUUUGCCUUUUCACCCUCAGCCAGAUUAACAAGCGCAUCAAGGAGCGUAUCCAAUCCUGCUACCGUGGAGAGGGGCGUCUGUCCCUGCCUUGGCUACUAAACAAAGAGCUUCACUGUAUCAAUACGCCAAUCCUUAUUCACGAUGGGUUUUGUGGCCUGGCUCUGAACCAACCAAUCGGCGGUCUGCAGGUGAUUGAGGGGAUGGCUUUGUUUGAGGAGAAGACGGAUGGCAUGGCCAGUGUGGCAGCUUACAAUUAUAAGGGGCACUCUGUGGUGUUUGUGGGUACUCGUGCUGGUACUCUUAAGAAGAUCCGUGUCGACAGUCCCUCUGAAGCUGCUUUAUAUGAGAGUAUACCAGUGGUUUGGGGUAGACCCAUUCUGAGAGACAUGGUGUUCAGUCCUGAUUGGCAGUCCCUUUACCUCCUUAGCGAGAAACAGGUGAGUCGUGUCCCUGUGGAGCAUUGCCACAUAUAUGAGACGUGUGCUUCUUGCCUGGGGUCUGGAGACCCACACUGCGGCUGGUGCGUCCUUCACAACAGGUGCUGCCGUGAGAGUGAAUGUGAGCGCUCGGAAGAAAUUCAUCGGUUCACUAGUGACUUGAAUCAGUGCGUCCGUCUGGAGGUGACACCGAACAACGCUUCUGUCAAUGUCCCAGAGUUAAUGCUGACCCUCUCUGUGCUGAAUGUUCCUGAUCUCUCCGCUGGUGUCAUCUGUUCUUUUGGGGAAAUUGCUGAAACUGAAGCCGAGCUGGGAGAGUCGGGCAUUCAUUGUUUCUCUCCCUCGCUACGUGAUGUUCCCACCAUAAUAAAUGGACAUGGUUCCAUGCAAACCAUCCAGCUCCACCUCAAAUCAAAGGAGACAGGCCUGAGAUUUGCCAGUACAGAUUUUGUUUUCUUCAACUGCAGCAUUCUCCAGUCGUGUUUGUCAUGUGUGAGCAGCUUGUAUCCCUGUCACUGGUGCAAAUACCGCCACAUAUGCACACACAAUGCCGAGGAGUGCUUCUUCAUCGAGGGCCGCAUCAACAGCACAGAGGGCUGCCCAGAAAUCAUCCCCACAGGUGAGAUCCUCAUCCCAGUUGGGGUGGUCCAGCCAAUCACUCUAAAAGCCAAGAACUUGCCACAGCCGCAGUCUGGACAGAAGAACUAUGAGUGUAUCUUCCAUAUUGAGGGCAAGUUUCAACGCGUCCCAGCCGUGAGGUUUAACAGCAGCAGUGUCCAGUGUCAGAAUACCUCGUACACCUAUGAAGGGAACGAGUCUGACCUCUCCGUAGAUUUCUCGAUUGUAUGGGAUGGACAUUUUCACAUCGAUAAACCUGAUGCAUUCAGAGCUCUGUUGUACAAGUGUCCAGCCCAGAGGGAGAGUUGUGGGCUCUGCCUGAAAGCGGACCCUCGCUUUGAGUGCGGCUGGUGCGUAUCGGAGGGACGAUGCCUCUUGCGGCAGUACUGUUCAAAUGCCAAAUCUAACUGGAUGCAUCUUAGUAAGAGGAACACACGAUGCACCAACCCACGCAUCUUCGAGGUCCAUCCUCUGACGGGCCCUCGAGAGGGUGGGACCAGAGUGACCGUUACCGGAGCCAACCUGGGCCUGCUCUCCAGGGAGGUGUGGGUACAGGUGGCAGGGGUGCAAUGUGUGCCAGUACCAUCGCAGUACAUCAGCGCUGAGAGGAUAGUUUGUGAGAUGGAGGAGUCUUUGGUUCCCAAUCCCGCUCCAGGCGUGGUGGAGUUAUGUAUUGGAGACUGCAGUGCGGAUUAUAGAACCCAGUCAGACCAGCUUUAUACGUUUGUGCUUCCAAGUUUCCAUGGUGUGAGCCCUUUAAGAGGCCCGGCAUCAGGUGGCACUCGUAUCACUAUCAGUGGCCACAAUCUCGAUGCUGGAAGCUUUGUAUCCGUUCUGCUCAGAGACUCAGAAUGCCAGUUUGUCAGGAGGAAUUCGCAGGAGAUAAUUUGCACCUCACCAGCCUCUUCUCAGGGCCCGAGUCUGGCCUCCAUUACUCUGAGGAUUGACAAGGCCAAUGUGGGAAACCCAAACGUCACUUACCUGUACACAGAGGAUCCGACCAUUUCUCGCCUAGAACCCACCUGGAGCAUCUUCAACGGCAGCACAAAAAUAACUGUAACAGGAACUCACCUAAUGACGAUCCAGGAGCCACGUGUGCGAGCAAAGUAUUCUGGGAUUGAAACAGUUAAUACCUGCCGUAUCAUGAAUGACACGUUGAUGCUGUGCAAAGCUCCUGGGAUUGUUCUUCCAAGUGAUGUCCUCACAGCAGAGCAGGGCGUGCCGCCAGACGAGUUUGGGUUUAUUCUGGAUAAUGUGAGAAGUCUGAGAAUCCUUAACUUCAGCUCAUUUACUUAUUAUCCCAACCCCAGCCUGGAGUCAUUUGGGCCUAGUGGGACACUGGAGAUUAAGCCGGGGUCCCACGUUAUUCUCAAGGGGAAAAAUCUACAGCCUGCUGCUCCCGGAGGCGGAAAACUGAAUUACACUGUGCUUAUAGGGGACGUGCCGUGCCCUUUCAGUAUAUCUGACACCCAGCUUGUGUGUGACUCUCCGAGCCAGACGGGAGAGCACCGUGUCAUCAUCCUCGUGGGCGGUAUGGAGUUCUCGCCUGGUAAUCUGCGGAUCUACGCAGACAGCUCUCUCACCCUGCCAGCCAUUGUGGGAAUUGGCGCUGGGGGAGGUCUGCUACUCCUCGCCAUCAUUGCUGUGCUCAUUGCUUACAAGAGGAAAACACGAGAUGCUGACCGCACAUUAAAAAGACUUCAAAUGCAGAUGGAUAACCUGGAGUCGCGAGUGGCGUUGGAGUGUAAGGAAGCGUUCGCUGAGCUACAGACGGACAUUAACGAGUUGACUAAUAAUAUGGAUGGAGUGAAGAUCCCAUUUCUAGAUUACAAAACGUACGCAAUGCGAGUGUUGUUCCCUGGGAUUGAAGACCACCCUGUACUGAAGGAAUUGGAUAUUCCUCCCAAUGUAGAGAAGGCGCUCCGACUCUUUGGGCAGCUCCUGAAUAACAAGACUUUCCUUCUGACAUUUAUUCAUACACUUGAGAGUCAGCGCAGCUUUUCAAUGCGGGAUCGUGGAAAUGUGGCAUCCCUCACCAUGGUGACCUUGCAAGGACGAAUGGAGUACGCCACGGUGUUGCUUAAACAACUGCUAAGUGACCUGAUUGAGAAAAACUUGGAGAGCAAGAACCAUCCAAAGCUUCUGCUGCGCAGGACCGAGUCUGUCGCAGAGAAGAUGUUAACCAACUGGUUCACGUUCCUCUUGUACAAGUUCCUCAAGGAAUGUGCCGGAGAGCCUCUCUUCAUGCUCUUCUGUGCCAUCAAGCAACAGAUGGAGAAAGGACCUAUAGAUGCCAUCACCGGCGAGGCUCGAUACUCUCUGAGCGAAGACAAGUUGAUUCGACAACAGAUUGACUACAAAGUGCUAACCCUGAGCUGCAUCUGUCCAGACAGUGAUGGUGGCACGGAGAUUCCAGUUAAAGUUAUCAAUUGUGAUACCAUCACACAGACCAAAGACAAGCUGCUUGAUGCUGUCUACAAGGGGAUCCCAUACACCCAGAGACCGAAAGCCGAAGACAUGGAUUUAGAGUGGCGUCAAGGGCGGAUUACACGCAUUAUCCUGCAAGAUGAGGAUGUUACAACAAAGAUAGAAUGUGACUGGAAAAGGUUAAACACGCUUGCACAUUAUCAGGUGACAGAUGGUUCCACUGUGGCAUUAAUUCCCAAACAGGUGUCUGCCUAUAACAUCACAAACUCCUUCACCUUCACACGUUCUCUCAGCCGGUAUGAGAGCCUUCUGAGAACAUCGAGCAGCCCGGACAGCCUGCGCUCGCGUGCCCCUAUGAUCACACCCGAUCAGGAAACUGGGACCAAACUGUGGCAUCUGGUGAAGAAUCACGACCACACUGAUCACAAGGAGGGUGACCGGGGAAGCAAAAUGGUGUCUGAGAUCUAUCUGACUCGCUUGUUGGCCACUAAGGGGACACUCCAGAAGUUUGUGGAUGAUCUUUUUGAGACUGUGUUUAGCACAGCACACAGAGGCAGCGCCCUUCCACUUGCCAUCAAAUACAUGUUUGACUUCUUAGAUGAACAAGCGGAUCUCCGGCAGAUUUCAGAUCCAGAUGUCAGACACACUUGGAAAAGUAACUGCCUCCCAUUGCGCUUCUGGGUAAAUGUUAUUAAGAAUCCACAGUUUGUCUUUGACAUUCACAAGAGCAGUAUCACGGAUGCGUGUCUGUCCGUGGUGGCUCAGACCUUUAUGGAUUCCUGUUCCACUUCUGAGCAUCGACUGGGAAAAGACUCUCCAAGCAACAAACUGCUCUAUGCCAAGGACAUCCCCAACUACAAGACCUGGGUGGAGAGGUAUUACAGAGACAUCGGCAAGAUGGCGGCCAUCAGUGACCAGGACAUGGAUGCCUACCUUGUGGAGCAAUCCAGACUGCAUUCCAACGAGUUCAACUCAUUGAGUGCACUCAGUGAACUCUACUUCUAUGUGAAUAAGUACCGGGAAGAGAUUCUAACUGCAAUGGACCGAGAUUCCUACUGCCGGAAACACAAACUGCGCCAGAAGCUGGAGCAAGUUAUUAACAUGGUAUCAAGUAACAGCUGAGGUGGAAGAGGCUGUUGCACCCCUUAUUCUCUUGGUCCAACCUCAUUUCCCAAGGACCCCAAGAUGAGCCAAAAGCGUAUCGGUAGCAGCUGAUUUGUUGUCUGAACUACUGUUGCAUUACCAGGAGAGGGGAGCGUGCCAUGCGGUGGCACAGAGACUUCAUGGAAUUAUCGAUGCCAGACUCUUACACUAUCCCAGGGUUUGGUAGCGGCCGCAGCUCUGCACGAGGUGCCUUGUGCUUAGUGUCUGGGAUCCCUGCCAUAACCCCAUCCGCUAGGCCCCCUGCCCAUGUAUUUGUAAAGCCAUAGAAUCCAGAGGGAUGUCCCACUAUCUGACUGCACUAUUGUUACCCCAGCUCCUGCUGCUCUUGUGACAUUUUCGUUCCCAGUCCGAUCCUAUCGUUGGGAGGCAGCCUGACAUUUCCUGUUAGUAGCUGUGGUGAGGGUCUCCCGUGAUUAGACUUUGUGGUAGAUAGGGGGGGGCCCUUGUAUGUCCUGUGCUAAAAUGGCUGGUUUAUUCCAAUUUUGUGCCAUGCAAUAUUAGUGCUCAUUUAGGGUGAUUGGGGCGAGUGGCUAAUGUUUUAAUUUUUUUUAAUACACCCCUGCCCCCACACACAAUAAUUCAUAAAGCUAUAGAUUGCAGCUCACACUGGGAAUCAAAGGGUUAAAUGCGUGUUCCAGGUUCUGGUAUCUAGACCUUGGUUUUUAUUUUAUUUAUUUAACUUAUUUUUGUCCCUUUGCUGCAGACUGUGCGGUAUUUUCCAUAUAUAUUUAUGUGUGCGUGUGUUAUGUUCUAAUCUGUAAUGUGUGUGCGUGGAAGGUUGUUGCAGGUCAUUUCAUUUUGUAAACACGCAAACACACACAUUUGAUUGUUUUUUACAUAUCGAGCUGCAGCUGGCGUGUCCUCCAUGUGUUUCCCCCGUUCUGUCCAUUGAUGAUGCCUGAUUUAGUGUGUUGGCUAGUGCCAGGUACUACGUGGCUGCUUGCCGUGUGUACAGGGUUUGGUGUGACUUUCUCUGGUGUCUGGAGAGGCUGUGCUGGCUGUUUCAUCAUACACAAACCAAAGCCUAUAGUAAAAGCAAUAACUUUAUAUGCUAGCCCCAUACGAGACAUCACACGCUCUCUGUCAUUGUACACGUAAAUCACACGCUCUCUGUCAUUGUACACGUAAAUCACACGCUCUCUGUCAUUGUACACGUAAAUCACACGCUCUCUGUCAUUGUACACUUAAAUCACACGCUCUCUGUCAUUGUACACGUAAAUCACACGCUCUCUGUCAUUGUACACGUAAAUCACACGCCAUCUGUUAUUGUACACAUAAACCCCACACGAGACAUCACACGCUAUCGGUUUUUCUUUGCUAGCUCCACAAGUGCCGUCUCGUGUUUUUGGUAUGUGUAUACACUAACCCACAUGUGACUUCACAUGCUAACCAGACACAUAACAUCCCAAUGCUCGAUUUAUCUCGCAUGUAUGCACUGUAUCUUUACUAACGUGUGCAGUCACAUAUUAUUCUAUGUGCGAUUUCUCCACAUGUGCAUACACACAUGCAUGCAGUAUCCCAUCUGAUUUUCUAACAUGUGGAGUCGGACGCUCGCGCUGCGUACUCUGUUCUCACUGCUGGAGUCGGGUGCUCGCGUUGCGUACUCUGUUCUCACUCCGGGAGUCGGGCGCUCGCGUUG